AUGUCAAAUCUACAUGUUCAGGGUUCCAUGGUCGCCGGUCUAUUAGGCGCUAUGGAAUUAUUAAAGCCGGCACAUUACCAACGAUUGUGGAGUCAUCUGGCACCCCAUCCUCACGACAGGAAGCCUUUGAAGGAUUUCCUCAUGCGCGCCUUCUUGGUAUUCAGACAUUUGAUUGAACAAGAUGUUUUUCCAGCUGAUUGGAUGGUAUUACGCGUUCAGAGUUGUAAAGUGUUACUGUCUGCGUUGCAAGACUUCGCUAAGCCACUUCUAGAGAGAUUUUUGGGAGAGGAACCACCACAAUUCGAUUCACAGCCGACAGCAUAUCUACCUACCUACCCAGGAGUUGCCUUCAUGACGAUAGAUUCCUCCCUCAAGAUAGAUAGACAUAUUGUCGGUAUAGCUCUUACUGGUCCUCCUGCCUUCCCCAUAGACCACCUCGACCUCCAGAUCUUCCACAAUUACUCUUAUCAUCACGCAUCUUUAUGUAUCUCUGAAUGCAUUUCCUCUUUACACAAUUAUACAAUACAUGUGUGGGCGGGUUACAUGGAGCUAGGCGUGGCACUGGUGACGUGCAGCGCUCUGCAGCCGGAGCGGUGGGCGGGGCGCGGCGCUGACCGGCCACGGAUGCGCGCCGCCGCCGCUAGACAAGUACUCGCCGUGUGGAGCCGCCUCGGUCCAGCUCAACUGCACUUAGUGCCAGGGGCUGUCGGGGCAUUAUUAGAGAUCACAUUAGUCGGUGAGCUCCGUAGGGCCGCUUUGGGGGCACUCGUUGCCCUGAUGGCCGCUGAGAGAGCCGCCACUGGUUCAGCGAGACGGACCGAGGCAGCGUUGGUUGACAAACUGGACUCUUUAGUGGCGGAUAAUAAAGCUGAUGACCAUUACAGAAGACUGUUUGACACUGUUCUUAUGGAACGAGUAUCCACUGAGGGUUGGCGGGAAGCAGGUGCAGCGUUUGUUGGUUGUGUGACAAGACUGUUGGAGAGGCUUCUUGACUACCGAGCUGUUAUGCAAGGAGCUGAGCAUAGGGAUAAACGUAUGGCGGCUACUGUCAACUUACUUAAUUUCUACAAGAAUGAAAUUGAUCGAAAGGAGAUGUAUCUUCGUUACGUAUACAAACUACACGAUCUCCACAUCGCAUCUGAUAAUUUUAUUGAAGCAGGAUGCACGUUAUUGUUAUAUGCAGAGACACUUAGUUGGGACAGUGAUCAGAUCGGCGUAGACCCUGAAUAUCCUGAGACACCUGAAUGGAAACGCAAAGAAGCUAUAUACAAUCAAGUAUUACAAUAUUUCGACCGUGGAAAGUGCUGGGAAAAAGGUCUUCCUCUUCUCCGUGAAUUGGCGACUCUGUACGAAGUGAAAUUAUGCGAUUACGCGCGAUUAGCUCAUUGUUUACGCACUCAUGCUAUGUUCCUAGAUUCUGUACUGAAACAACUGAGGCCAGAGCCAGAAUAUUUUAGAGUUGGCUUCUAUGGGAAAGGGUGCCCACUAUUUGUUAGAAACAAACUAUUCGUAUACAGAGGUCAUGAUUAUGAACGCAUCGGUGCUUUUACACAAAGACUCCAAUCGGAAUAUGUUUCGGCGCAUAUACUUAUGAGGAACACACCGCCUGAUGAUUCAAUUAUAGCGGCAGACGGACAAUACAUUCAAAUAUGCAACGUGAAGCCCGUGGCAAGAAGACGAGUUUGGCCUGCGGGUGCGCCGGAUGCUGUGAAGAGAUUCUAUGCCUGCAACGAUGUUGACACGUUCUUAUGCGAUCGACCUUUACAUAAACCGCCCAUUGACAAGGAUAAUGAGUUCAAGAGCCUUUGGAUAGAACGUACCACUUUAGUAACAGAGGAUACCCUGCCAGGUAUUCUGCGAUGGUCUGAAGUAGUAUCCAGAUCUGUCGAGGAAAUUCCACCAGUCGAGUUCGCGUGCGAAACUAUGGAAGCGACUGAGCGUGAACUCCGCAGCCUAAUAUCACAAUACACGGCGGAUCCUUCGCUCAACAUCAAUCCGUUCUCGAUGCGAUUGCAAGGAACGAUAGACGCCAACGUACAAGGCGGCAUCACCAAGUACGAGCAGGCGUUCCUGAGUGCCGACUUCGCUAGGAACGCUACUCCUAGGGAGGCAGCCGCCGCCGCUAAGCUGAGGAGACUGGUCUCUGGACAAUUGGCAGUAGUGGAUGCGGGACUUGCGUUACACGGACGAUUGGCACCUGAUGACGUCAAACCUUUACACAGACGAUUGGUCGAACGGUUCAAUCAGCUCAGACAAAACCUGGGGCCAGGAUUAGCUCGAGCACGUCGGCAGCUUUCAGAGAGUAUUGUCAAUACGCCUUUGCCACCCGUGCCGUCGUUGGAUAAACGUUCUCAGAGUAUACAACAGAGUGAGAGUUAUUACGACGACGGUCACCUUUAUAACAAACCUAUAUACUCAAUGGAGGAUACAUCAGAGUUUAGUGUGAUGUCCGCUAGUCUCCCCGUGGGUGACAAUCGCGAUUGUGUAGACGAGACGUCAAUGGUGAAGUCAGCACCGCCUCUACCCACCAGACCGAAAUCAGGAGACCCACGGAGCCCCACCAGAACACCGAUAGAAAAGUACCGUGAUUCUAUGGAAGGUGAGGUAGAAACUCGCCGACACAGUCGUGCUUCCUGGAGUGAACCAGGAGAUGCGCCACCACUUCCACCUCGAGUUUCAGGUGACAAGCGUUCGUGGACGGAAGGUCCGCCGGCAGUACCGCGUCGUGCCGGACGAACGUGCGAGAACUCUGACGACAGGCGAUGUGACGACGCGCGAGACUCAGGUGUUAGCGUCGAUACGCACGCGUAUACUAACGCUGACGAGCAUCGACACCAUGCGGAUCUGGAACUAGCGGUCGAAUCGCUUCGCUACGAGGAAAUAAUCUCACUAAUGUCAGAGCCCCUUCACGUUGGUGAACCAGAAACACCUCCGCCCAUCCCACCUAAAGGACUGUCACACCUCGGCAGCUUUGACUCUGGUCACCAUGAAAACGGCGAGUCACACUGUUAACUUACCAACUAGACUACAGUAACAUGCAACAAAUAUGGCGAGUCGUGAAUCUUCGUUUGCACAAACUAGAAAUAAGAAAUCUGAUGACAGAACGUACGUUUAAAAUUUAGAAUUGAUCUUAUUUUAAUUACCAUAAGGUCUCAAAUAGAAUGUGCUAGGUUUCCGUUUCGGUCAUACUGGAUCGUCUGAUGGCGCGCUACUUGAAUAAUUCUGAUUGACCAGAAUAUGUUAUAAGCUAUAUCAGUUGUAUAUUACUGUACGUAUAAAUUACCUAGCAACGUCGCACAAAUUAUGGAUGUCUAUAUUGUCCAAGUCCAAUAAGCCAAAUAUUUGAAAGAUCUUAUACAGCCAGCAAAACAUAAAACAGUUUUUGUUAUUAUGUAGGUUAAAUUUAUUAAUUGUAUUAUUAGUUGUCAUUAGAGAUAAUAGUGUCAUAUACAUUGCAAUAUAUCAAUAUUAUUUAUUUUAAUAAAUUAUUCAUACGAACUGUUUAGCGUGGACAUUGUGAUUAUGUUGCAGCACAAAACAAAACGAUUUCUUAGCAGCUUUGCACCAGUCCAUUGUAACGAUAAAGUGUAGGAGAUAGUUUCUGUGGUAUUUUUGAAACACUGGAAAUUGGAGG